AUGUCGAAGCACACACUAGAAGACGAAGUCGAGGUUGACUUGCCGCGCAAGAAGUCAAAGAAGGACAAGAAGGACAAGAAAGCCAAGAAGGAGAAGCUGCAGGAAGAGGAAUCUUCCGCAACCACUCCUGUCACCGAUGCCAUGGAUGUCGACAGCGAAGUGAAGAGGGACAAGAAGAAGAAGGACAAAAAGGAGAAGAAGGAGAAGAAGCGCUCCGCCGAGGAGGCUGGAGAAAGCGCCGACGGAGAGGUAGAGCCAGCCAAGGAGAAGAAGUCCAAGAAGGAGAAGAAAGAGAAGAAGCGCAAGACCGAGGAAUCCGAAGAGCCAGAAAAGGAGGCCAAAGAGACCACAAAUGGUGCUUCAAAUGGUUCCGCCACCGCGCCCACGAGCACAUCAGGCAAAUAUAGCCAGAAUGCAGCUCUGUCUUCUCUGCCCGAGUCCGAGAUCACAUCUUUCCUCACAACCAACGAGAUCACGGUCACCGAUCCGCUGUCGUCUACGAACCUGCGCCCCAUUUUGCAAUUCACACACUUGCCCAACACGACACUCGUUUCAAAGAACCCUUUCAAGUCUUUCAAAGCCCCGACUCCAAUCCAAGCUGCUUCAUGGCCAUUUGGCUUGAGUGGCCGUGACAUUGUUGGUGUAGCCGAGACCGGAUCUGGAAAGACCAUCGCCUUUGGUCUGCCACUGGUCGAAGCUGUGCUGUCUUUCGACAAGCCCACAAAGGGUGCUGGCCGCAUUCGCGCCGUGGUCGUCUCGCCCACUCGUGAACUUGCCAUGCAGACCAACGAUGAGUUGUCCAGACUGACUAAUCUCGUGGGCCUUAAGACCGUCUGUGUCUAUGGAGGUGCUUCCAAGGAUGAGCAGAGGGUGCAGCUCAAGAAGGCCGACAUUAUUGUGGCAACUCCCGGUCGUCUCAAGGACUUCCUCGAGGAGGGCUCCAUUAAACUCGACAAUGCCAAAUUCGCCGUGCUGGACGAGGCCGACCGCAUGCUUGACAAGGGUUUCGAGGAAGAUAUCAAGCUCAUUCUCGGCUCGUGUCCCAAGAAGGAGGAGAGACAGACUCUCAUGUUUACUGCUACAUGGCCUCAGAGCGUGCAGGCGCUUGCCCUGACUUUCAUGGUGUCCCCUGUCCGCAUCGCCAUUGGCAACAACGAGAGCGGUGACCUCAAGGCCAACUCUCGUAUUUCCCAGACUGUCGAGGUUGUUGAUCCUCGCAACAAGGAGCAGAGACUCUUGCAGAUCCUCAAGGCUCAGCCAAGAAAUGAGAGAGUCCUGGUUUUCUGCCUGUACAAGAAAGAGGCCACACGUGUCGAAGGUUUCCUGCAGCAAAGAGGCAUUCAGGUUGUUGGCAUCCACGGUGAUCUGAGACAGGAGCAGAGAACACGAAGCUUGGACGCUUUCAAGAAGGGCGAGACCCCAGUUUUGGUCGCAACCGACGUUGCCGCCAGAGGUCUGGAUAUUCCCGAGGUGAAGUUGGUUGUCAAUGUUACCUUCCCUCUCACCAUCGAGGACUACGUCCACCGUAUUGGUCGUACUGGUCGUGCCGGCAAGACUGGCCAGGCCAUCACCUUGUUCACUGAACACGACAAGGCACACUCCGGCACUCUUAUCAACAUCCUCAGGGCUGCCAACCAGCCCAUUCCCGAUGAAUUGAUGAAGUUUGGAACCACAGUCAAGAAGAAGCCGCACGGCACAUAUGGUGCUUUCUUCAAGGACGUUGACAUGAGUAAGAAGGGAACCAAGAUCACCUUUGACGACUAG